UGGCGCAAGCGCCGCCGCGCGUCGCGAGCCCGGGCUAGUCUGUCGGUGCGGCUCACAGGCAGCUUCAGGCGCCGGGGCCGGGCGCGCGAGAGAUGCCGCCGUCCGAGUGCCGCAAACUGGCGGGCCCGGGCUGCCGGAGUGGGGGGAAUUGAGAAUGGGCCAUCAACAAUGCUAGGUCUACAAUGGGAAGUGUCACGCUUCGCUAUUUCUGCUAUGGGUGCCUUUUCACAUCUGUGACUUGGACACUUCUGCUGUUUGUUUAUUUCAACUUCAGCGAAGAGACCCAAUCUUUCAAGAAUGUGCCCGUCAAGGGGCUGGAACCUCAAAAGCCACUUCCUAAAAAAUUCUAUCCCCGUUUCACUCGGGGUCAAGUUCGCGUACCUAAACCACAACGGAAAGACAGCAAUAUAGGGAAUCCAUUUGGAAAUCAUGCACAGGACCCAGGGAAGGGAGACAUGGAGCUCUCCCCUGAAAUGGGCAUGAUUUUUAAUGAACACGAUCAGGAGGUGAGAGACUUGGGCUAUCAGAAGCAUGCCUUCAAUAUGCUUAUCAGCAACCGUUUGGGAUACCACAGAGAGGUGCCAGAUACAAGGGAUGCAAAGUGCAGAGAAAAGUCCUACCCUUCUGAUUUACCGUUUGCCAGCAUAGUUAUCUGUUUCUAUAACGAAGCAUUUUCUGCUUUGCUUCGGACAGUACAUAGCGUACUGGAUCGCACUCCAGCAUAUCUCCUUCAUGAAAUUAUCUUGGUGGAUGACAACAGUGAACUGGUUGAUUUGAAAAAAGACCUAGAUGAAUAUAUCAAAAAAAAUCUUCCAAGAAACACAAAGCUGGUAAGAAAUGAAAAGCGAGAGGGGCUGAUUCGAGGAAGAAUGAUUGGAGCAUCUCAUGCUACAGGAAAAGUGCUGGUGUUCCUGGACAGCCACUGUGAAGUGAAUGAGAUGUGGUUACAACCUUUGCUGGUGCCAAUCAGAGAAGACAGCAAGACGGUGGUGUGCCCCGUGAUUGACAUAAUCAGUGCUGACACGCUCAUCUACAGCUCUUCCCCUGUUGUGCGUGGAGGGUUUAACUGGGGUCUGCACUUUAAAUGGGAUCUUGUUCCUUUGUCAGAAUUAGAAGGACCUGAGGGAGCCACUGCGCCAAUCAAGUCACCUACUAUGGCAGGAGGUUUGUUUGCUAUGGAUAGAGAAUACUUCAAUGAACUUGGACAGUAUGAUAGUGGCAUGGACAUCUGGGGAGGAGAAAAUCUGGAAAUAUCAUUUCGGAUCUGGAUGUGUGGGGGUAGACUUCUAAUCAUCCCUUGCUCCAGGGUAGGACACAUAUUCCGUAAAAGGCGCCCCUAUGGCUCACCAGGGGGGAAGGAUACCAUGGCACAUAACUCUCUGCGCCUGGCACACGUUUGGAUGGAUGAAUAUAAGGAACAAUAUUUUGCCCUAAGACCUGAACUAAGGACCAGGAAUUAUGGAAACAUUACUGACCGUGUGGAGUUGAGAAAAAAAAUGAACUGCAAGUCAUUUAAAUGGUAUUUAGAUAAUAUCUACCCAGAGAUGCAAAUAUCCGGGCCCAAUGCCAAAGCUCAGCAACCAGUUUUUAUUAACAGAGGGCAAAAACGACCAAAAAUACUGCAGCGUGGAAGGCUUUAUCACCUCCAAACCAACAAAUGUCUGGUUGCCCAGGGUCACCCAAGUCAGAAAGGAGGACUAGUUGUGGUUAGGGAGUGUGACUACAGUGAUCAAAAUCAGAUAUGGAUUUAUAAUGAAGACCAUGAGCUGAUUUUGAAUAAUCUUCUCUGCUUGGACGUGUCAGAAACUCGCUCAUCAGAUCCACCUCGUCUCAUGAAAUGCCACGGAUCUGGAGGGUCACAGCAGUGGACGUUUGGGAAGAACAAUCGACUCUACCAGGUCUCAGUGGGGCAGUGCAUGAAGGUUGUUGAUCCACUUAGCCACAAAGGAUAUGUAACCAUGGCUAUUUGUGAUGGCUCCCUUCCUCAGCAAUGGCAUCUGGAAAGCUGAAUCUGAGAGAAGGCAGCACAGAGAGGCAAUUAGCAGAGAUCGGACUCCUCCUUGGCCAUUGGUUUCUAAGUCCUUCUGGAGGGCAUGGAAGGAGCCCUUAGCUGCUGUCCCUGACAUGGACUAUUUUAAGGAUUCUGUUAUUUAAAUAUUCUGCCAUGACCACCUGUGUGUUUGGAAGGAGAGGAUGGGAUCAUUCAAAUGCAGGAGUAGUGACAGCAGCCUAACUGCACAAUAUUGACACCUGGAGAAGUGCAAUUUAUCAGCAUUUCCUUGGAUUAUCCUGGAUUAAUGAAUCGUUAUUGUUUAAAUAAGAGGAAAUAAUCAGAACAGUAUAAUUUGAAUUUUGUGGUAAUAUUUUAACUCAGUGGACCUUUUUAAAUGACAAAAGACAGAAAGGAAGGAAGUUCUCUUUCCUGACUGUUUCAUGGGCAGCAUCAUGCUAAUUUACAUUUUUAGUCUAUUUUAAUGGCUGAAUUACUUUAGCUCAUCUGGAAAAUAUUUUAAUUUCCUCUUCUCUUUCUGAAAAUUGUCAUUUGUAAUAUUUAAUUUUAGUUUGGUUAAUUUACAAUUUUAACCCAUUUCACAUAGUCAAAUUUUCAGUGGCCAUUUGUCAUACAGUAUUUAAAACAAAGUUACUAUUACAAAUUUUAUUUUGAUGACUCAUGAUGGUAUCUGCAUUUAAAAUAAAGUAUUAAAAUUUUUUUUUUAAUCAU